UUUACUUUUCAGUGAAGUGUUCAAUAAUUAUUUCAUGAAAAACAAGGAGCUAAGAAUAUGUAUGUUAAGAUAAGCCUUUUACUGACCCCCAAGCCCUUGAGCAAAUUUAGAUUUUUCAAUAGCGGAAGAACAGAAAUUGCACCAACAAUGGAAUGAACAGUAAGAAUACAAAAUAAAAAUGCACAUGGGAAGCUAAAAAAAAAAUCAAAGGUUAAACAGUAUACAUAAACUUGUGCCAAUAGUGUCGUACAAUCUAAAAACUAAAUUAUAGUUAAGUAGUAGCAAAGUGCAGUAUGUAGGAGGUGGGGACAUCUACGGCAAGGCCUGCAGGCAGACUCUAUUGGGGAAAUUACAGUUGCAUCAUCUAUUUUGAAACAGCUAUCCCUGAUGAUCUGAACGAAACACUUUUUUUUUUUUCCAUAACCGUGAUAACUCCAAAUUACUGUAGCUUCUAUUCUCUCCCUUCAAUAACAAACUAAUUUUCUCCUCCUGCUAAGCCAGAAUCUGAUUCCUCUCCCUUGUGGCAGUGGUUUUUGUAUUUCAGACACAGCGUCUUCCUCAUCCCUCCUUUGGUGUGACAAGAUAUGACCCCCGACCACUGCUCAGAGCAAGUAUCCUUUUGUGUUUCUGAGGUAUGAGUUAUGUAUAUGCAUAUCUGUGCUCUGCUCCUCUGCUGCCUUGCUGGGAUGAUCCAGUGGGUAUAUGGAGGGGAGCCCUGUCAACUCAUGGUAAAGUCUACUCCCGGAAGCAUCUACAAAGCAGGAGAUGUGGUGAUCGGGGGUCUGUUCCCCGUUCAUAAGAAGGCACCGCAGCCUGAGUUGGAUUUUCGGAGUGAGGAGGUUAACGCCUCUUGUGAAAUAUGUUUAACCAAACUAAGUCAAUUUUUAAUAUGUGUCCUGACUUCUGAUGUUCAUCUUUCCUGCUAUUACUUUCCUCUGUUCAGUUUCAACCAGCGAGGUUAUCGCUGGCUUCAGGUCAUGAUCUUUGCAGUGGAGGAAAUCAACAACAACUCGCAUCUCCUGCCCAACUUCACCCUCGGUUAUCUGGCAGCUGAUACCUGCCUGGUAGAGAGCACCACUCUGUUAGCAGCUCUGGCUAUGAUAUCUGGACAGGAAGCUCAUCUGGCAAACUCAGAAUGUGGAUCUGUACCUACAGUGCCAGUGAUUGUCGGUGAUGCUCGCCCAUCAUCCUCUAUUGUUGUUGCAAACACCCUCGGGGUGUUUGAUAUACCCAUGGUGAGCUACUUAGCCUCCUGUGAGUGUUUGAGUGAUAAGAGGAGGUAUCCACUUUUUUUCCGCACCAUGCCCAGCAUUGCUGCACAAGCCCAGGCCAUGGCUGAGCUGCUGCGUCUGAUGGGGUGGACCUGGGUGGGGCUUGUGUCUGCGGAUGAUGAUUUUGGCAGAUCUGGGAUUCAGAUGUUAGUUGAUGCACUCAGGGGAACCGAAGUGUGUGUUGCCUACCAUGAAGUGAUUCCAGAGGGCUAUUCAAAGACAGUGAUAAAAAGGAUUGUUGAAACCAUCCAGAAAUCCACUGCCAGAGUUGUGGUGACAUUUUUUAUAGUUCAGGAGGCAAAGGGUGUGCUCAAUAGUCCGGAAAUUACAGUAUUUAUUCUCUGUGAUGAGUCACUUCUAGGCAUUGGGGAAAGUUUGUACACAGAUGUGUCUCAGAUAAGAAUCACUUAUAAUGUCUACAAAGCUGUGUACGCCAUCGCCCAUGCAAUAAAAGACAUGUUGGCAUGUGAGCCUGGAAAAGGUCCCUUCCUAGACGGCCAGUGCCCUGAUGUCCGGAGGCUUCAGCCUCUGCAAGUAAAUAAAAUUCUACGAUCUUUAGAUGUCACAAAUUUCAUCAUUUUCAGAAGUGAUAUGAAACAACCUUUUUCUCUCUCUCAGAUAGCCCACUACCUGCGAAAAGUGAACUUUACAACACCUUUGAAGGAAUGGAUGAACUUUGAUGAAAACGGAGACCCACCCGCUUCAUAUGAUAUCAUCAACUGGCAUGUGACAGCUCAAGGGACAAUAGAGUUUGUCACUGUUGGUCAUUUUAUGUCCUCUCAGGGGUCAACUUUUCACAUUGACAUCGACAGAGUAGUGUGGGGAGGAGGCAGCGGACAUAAGGUGCCUGUGUCUGUAUGUAGCAACCCUUGCCCUCCUGGUACAAGGAAAGCUGUGCAGAAGGGGAGACCUGUGUGCUGCUUUGACUGUCUGCCUUGUGCUGAUGGAGAAAUCAGCAAUGAAACAGGAUCAGUGGAGUGUAUUCGGUGUCCUGAGCGUUUCUGGUCAAACUCAAACAACACAGUCUGUGUUCCCCGGCAGGUGGAUUUCCUUUCUCACAACGACACCAUGGGAAUUGUUCUCUCCAUCCUCUCAGCUGUUGGGGCAGCACUGACAACUGCCACAUAUGCCACCUUCCUUUACCACCGACACACACCACUGGUGCGAGCCAACAACUCAGAGGUGAGCUUCAUACUCCUGCUGUCUCUCAAGUUGUGCUUCUUAUGCGCGCUUGCUUUCAUUGGGCAGCCACUGGCUUGGUUAUGUAUGUUAAGACAUACGCUGUUUGGAAUUAGCUUUGUGCUGUGUAUCUCCUGCCUGCUGAGCCGCACUGUGGUGGUCCUGGUGGCCUUUCGAUCCACACUGCCAGGGGAGAACCUGAUGCGUUAUGUUGGUCCUGCUCAGCAGAGGGUGGGCAUCUCCAUCUGCACCCUGGUACAGGUGCUGAUUUGUGGGCUGUGGCUGACCCUGGCUCCUCCUCAGCCUACAGAAAGAGACAUUGUGGACAACUGGGGACCCAAGAUAAUUCUUGAAUGUGCUACGGGCUCCGUGGUAGGCUUCUCCUUUGUCCUGGGUUACAUCGGCUUGCUGGCCUGUGUCUGCCUCCUCCUGGCCUUCCUAGCAAGGAAACUGCCUGACAACUUUAAUGAAGCCAAACUGAUCACCUUCAGCAUGCUGAUCUUCUGCACUGUGUGGGUGGCCUUUGUGCCCGCUUACAUUAGCUCUCCUGGGAAAUACGCUGUUGCAGUGGAGAUUUUUGCCAUUCUGGCCUCAAGUUAUGGCCUUUUGUUCUGUAUCUUUGCCCCAAAGUGCUUUGUGAUUCUUCUGAGGCCUGAGAGGAACACCAAAAAACACCUGAUGGCCAGAUAG